AUGGGCAAGCCUGCUACCGGUUACACGGCUAUGAUGGGCUUUCGGUUGACGGUGGUGGUGGCAGUGGUGGCACUGGCACUGGCUGGCUGCUUGGCGGAGGAGUCGCUGCUGGACACAGCGACGUCGCCCGAGGCAGCCGAUGAGCUGCAGGAGUGGCUGGUGGCGGACGGCGGGCUACCGCUGAAGCUGCGGACGAGGUUGCAACCGAUAGAGGGCAUGGGCAUUGGUGUGGUUGCGAGCGAGGCGAUCGGCAAGGGCGAAGCGUACUUUGCGCUUCCACACAGGCUCGCCAUCUCGCGGGCUGUCAUCGACCGGUCGCCGGUAGGGACGAUCGUGGCGAGGCUAGGGCAGCGACUGGAGGCGGCCAGUAGCGCGAGGGACUUGCCGCGCGGAUUCACAGGCUCGGGCAGCGCUGGUUCGAUCGGCAACGACGUCGCGUUUGUGGUCUGGCUGGCGGCAGCAAGGUUUGGUCCGGUCUCGCUCGGCUUUGACGAGGGCGCGGCGGUUUACGUCGAGGCACUGCCAGAAGUGUUUGGCACGCCGCUAUACUUUGACGCUGGCGAACUGGCGGCGUUGGAGGGGUGCGUGCUGGCGGGACAGGCUGCCGAUGAUGCGGUACGGGUGCGCGAAAUGGCGAGCUGGCUACGCAGUGCGGUGAUCGAGCUCGCGCUCCCGCUCCCAGUCACAGUUUUUGCCAACGAUGCGGUCAAGUGGGCUUGGUCAGUCGUGGCGUCGCGGCGAAUCAACGUCGGCAACGCACCCAGCAAGGCCGGUGGUAGCGCGCACCUGCUCCCAUACAUCGACAUGAUCAACGCCAAGGAGUCAUCGGACCGGACGUUCACCUCGUACUCGGCCAAACUUGACGCGGUGGUCAUGUACGCCGACGAGGAUUACGCUGCCGGCGACCAAGUGUUUGAGACUUACGGCAACAAGACCAACUCGGGCUAUCUCCGGUACAACGGCUUCAUGUAUGUCGGCAACCCGAACGACUGCGGAAUGCUCGACGUUGACGUGCGGCGGUAUGGCGAGAGGCUGAUGGCGAGCGAGAUGGAUCCGUUCCGGCAGGCGCUUGGGUUCGGCUCACGGAGCGCCACGGUGUGGUCCAAAUGCGUGAGGUCAAAGCUGGCCGGCAACGACGGCAUUGUCGGGCUCAGCAUGCUGCUCAGUGUUCUCUCGGAAGAACUUGCGGCGGCGGUUGCGAGCCGGCUCUCGCCGUCGAGCCGGCUCGCGAGCCAGCUGACAACUGCCGAGCAGGCUGCAGGGUACCGGAUGCUUGCGCAGGUGCUUGCUGACAAGCUGGCGCGGUAUCCGACGCGGGCCAAGGAUGACAAAGCAGCGCUCAAAGCUAGCGGGCUGGGCGAGAACAUGCGCGCUGCGAUCGAGUUCCGACUGGCGGAGAAGCGGACGUUUUUGAAGCUGCGGCGUGCGGCGAAGGCACAGGCACAGAGGCUCGAGGCUGCGAUGCGUGAUGAACUGUAG